GAAAUUAUAAUGUAGGUAUCCAAUUAAUAAUUAUUAGACAUUUGUGUGGAGCUCACAAUUCAAUUUCAGUAGUCAUCUACUUACCUUUUUCCCAAUUCUGUGACGGCGAUCUUCACGUGGGCUUCCUGUCUUUUUUCCCACAAAAGAAAUCUUUCUCAUUAAAUAAAAAAUAACAGCAUAUAGAAGAAUUGGAGAAAAAUGUUGGUUUCGUAUUUUACCUUUCUCUUGUAGCAGUACAAUAUUCUAUUCUAAAAUUUCUUACAAUGGAAAGUAGUACUAACAAGAAGCAACUAGCUUCAUCUGAUGUUUCUGGUUCAACCAAACAAUCUUAUUGUGUGUCAUCAAAUUCCACGGGUAUUUUCUCUUCAAUUUUCCCUCCACCAUCUAAGGUUAUGGGAAGGAAAGCUUCAGCAGCUGAACUGAUACAAUCUUUGGAGAAGCAGUCCUCUGGUUGCCGGGCAUGGAACAAAUCAGCUCCAGGUGGUGUGACGAAAUAUAGAGAAGGUGGGGGGCAUUUCACACCCAGUAAGGAACAUGAAUCACUUUUCCAAGAUAGAGGGGAAUGUCCACUAAGUAGUUCGCUCUUCUAUGGUGGUCAAGAGGACAUGUACAUCAAGUCAUCCGAUGCUCAGAAAACUGUACCAUAUGCUUCUUACAAGAAGGAAGGAGGAGAAUAUGAUUCUAGCGGAAACAACCAACACAGUGCUUCUAGAGGAAAUUGGUGGCAAGGGUCACUUUAUUACUAGAAACACGACCUCCGAGCCCCCAAGACGUGAAUUCCUGUUUAUUAACUAGAGGAGUUACACUCCAGUCUUGGAACCAGCUUGAUUUAGAUUUGUCGAAGAAAACUAGUAUGCCAAUGUGUUUGACAGUCUGAAGAAGUUUUUAUUUCGGGUUCUCUUGAUGGCUGUUGAACCUUUAUAUGACAUGGACCUUUUCAAUAUUUUUGUUUCAGUGCCUUGCAAAGCAGAGAUCUUGGGAACUGUAUUAACAUCUCUGUACUCCUUUUUUACUCUUCAUAUGCAAUUAAACUACGUAAAUUUCUGAAUAAGUUCUUGUCAAGACGAGAGACUUGCAUGGAACUAUUUAAUUGGAAAUCUACUGUGAAAGUUUUGAA